AUUUGCGGUGUUGGGAUAUUUUUUGUGGUGAGGAGGUUGUUUUGUUUGAUUGUUUCGUUUGACCCUUGUUUUGAUUCAGAAUCAGAAUCACAACACAAUUACACAAAGACGAUGAUGGAAACUUUGGCAACAUGUUCUUCUGCAACUCUACCAUCUCCUUCUUCUCCUUUUUCCAUUUUCCCAUCAUCAAGACUUUCCCCUUCUCCCAAGUCCCUUCACUUUCGUUUAGCCUCCAAGCGUGAUGAUGGUCAGGAUUCAGAUACCCAAUUCAAUUCCAAGGGAAUCAACACCAACAACGAUGACAACAACAACAACAACAACAACAACAACAACAACAACAACAACAACAACAACAACCUUCCAAUUCUCAGUGAUCGCCGCUGCUUCUCCCUUUCCCCUCUUUCAAAAGAUGCUGCGAUGGGGCUGGUGUUGAGUGCCGCGAUGGGGAGAGGAUGGACUACAGGUUCAGGGAUGGAAGGGCCCUCAGCUCCUGCUGCUGGAAGGGAUAAUGAAUCAGGGACAGGAAACAUCUCCACUUUCCCGUGGUCUCUCUUCACAAAAUCGCCUCGGCGAAGGAUGCUUGUGGCUUUUACUUGUACCAUCUGUGGCCAACGAACUACACGGGCUAUUAAUCCCCAUGCUUACACUGAUGGCACUGUUUUUGUCCAGUGUUGUGGAUGCAAUGCGUAUCAUAAGCUAGUGGAUCACUUGAACCUGUUUCAGGAGACAAAUUGCUAUCUGAAUUCAAGUUUUAAUUACAAAGGUCCAGUAUGGAAUGAUGAACUUAAGUUGAGGUAUAUGGACAUAGAUAGCGAUGAUGAUGAUGAUGAUGAAUAUCCCCCAUUUCAUGAAUGAUUCCCUGCUAAUGGAGGAUAUGCUUGCUGCCGGAUCAUAUGGAUAUUUAGUUUAGGUGUCUUGUAUAUUCUGUGUUUUUCAUAUUUAAUAGUGAAAAUUGUCAAGGACGGGAUUUCUUUGUAUAGUAGUUAUGUUUAUAUACAGCUUCAGAACUCAUGUGUAUGAUCAUCAAUUUGAUAAUGUACAAUACAUUACAUAAA